AAUAAACAGAUUUAGACCACGCCCCAAACAAGGUGGGAGAGAAGACGAAGAAAAAACAAAGAAAAACAAUUGACGUAAAAAAAAAAAAAAAACAAAAACAAUUAAAAGCCUUUUGCUUUCAAUUUCAGAGCGCUUCGAUCUCUCUCUUCAAUAAAUCCAGAUCGAUUUUUCCGUUUUUCGGCGAAAAAUCGAACUGGUGAAGAAAGAGUUCAAGAGCUCAUUGUUCUUCGUUCUGAUCUCAUCUUCUGUUUCUGUUUUUCUGAAAUCAUUUUUGCAAAAGAAGUCAAUCAACAACUUGUAGUGGAAGAAAAUUGGAAGAGAAGUUUGUUGUUGUUUGUGUUGCUCUUGAAGAGAAGGAGAGAGAAUUUGGAGCAAGGGAAGGGAGAGAAACUGUGGAUUUGGAGUGGUUGGUGUCGAAUUGGUAUCGUGUUUGAAGGAAUCGGAAGCGGAUUCAGUUGACGUUUCCGAUCCGGUUGAAGUUAUUGGACUAUGGCUGCUUCAGUCAGUCUAGGCGUUGGGUCUCUUGUUUGGGUGGAGGAUCCUGGUGUAGCUUGGAUAGAUGGGGAAGUUGUGGCUGUCAAUGGUGAUGACAUUAAGGUUCUUUGUACUUCAGAGACUUCAGAGAAGACGAUUGUUGUUAAAGCUUCCAAUGCCUAUCCCAAAGAUGCUGAAGCACCGCCAUGUGGAGUGGAUGACAUGACAAAGCUGGCUUAUUUGCAUGAACCAGGUGUCCUACAUAAUUUAAGGUCGAGAUAUGAUAUCAAUGAAAUAUAUACUUACACAGGGAAUAUAUUGAUUGCUGUGAACCCUUUUAGAAGAUUACCUCAUCUAUAUGAUAGCCAUAUGAUGGCACAAUACAAAGGGACAGCUUUUGGCGAACUGAGUCCUCAUCCUUUUGCUGUUGCAGAUGCGGCAUACAGACUUAUGAUCAAUGAGGGAAUAAGUCAGUCUAUUUUAGUUAGUGGAGAAAGUGGGGCAGGUAAAACAGAAAGCACAAAACAGCUUAUGCGUUAUCUUGCUUACAUGGGAGGGAGAGCUGCAGCUGAGGGGAGGUCGGUUGAGCAGCAAGUCCUGGAGUCCAAUCCUGUUUUGGAAGCUUUUGGAAAUGCGAAAACCGUCAGAAAUAAUAACUCAAGUCGUUUUGGUAAGUUCGUGGAAAUUCAGUUUGACCAGAAGGGAAGGAUUUCGGGUGCUGCUAUCAGAACUUAUUUGCUUGAAAGAUCUCGCGUUUGUCAAGUGUCUGAUCCUGAGAGAAAUUAUCACUGUUUCUACAUGCUUUGUGCUGCACCACCGGAGGAUGUUCAAAGGUUCAAAUUGGGAAAUCCAAGAUCAUUUCAUUAUCUAAAUCAAUCAAAUUGCUAUGAGUUGGAUGGAAUUGAUGAUUCUAAAGAAUACAUUGCAACAAGGAGGGCUAUGGAUGUUGUUGGAAUAAGUACAGAGGAGCAGGAUGCAAUUUUUCGAGUUGUUGCUGCAAUUCUCCAUAUAGGAAACAUUGAAUUUGCAAAGGGGAAGGAAAUAGACUCUUCUGUUCCCAAAGAUGAAAAAUCUUGGUUCCAUCUAAGGACUGCAGCUGAGCUGUUCAUGUGUGAUGUAAAGGCGUUGGAGGAUUCCCUUUGCAAACGUGUAAUGGUAACUCGUGAUGAAACCAUCACAAAGUGGUUGGAUCCAGAAUCUGCAGCUACCAGUAGAGAUGCAUUGGCAAAAACUGUGUACUCGAGGUUGUUUGACUGGCUUGUGGAUAAGAUUAAUAGUUCAAUUGGUCAAGACCCAGACUCAAAGUCUUUAAUUGGGGUGCUGGACAUUUAUGGAUUUGAGAGUUUCAAGACAAACAGCUUUGAGCAGUUUUGCAUCAAUUUGACAAAUGAAAAGCUUCAGCAACACUUCAAUCAGCACGUCUUCAAAAUGGAGCAAGAAGAAUAUACGAAAGAAGAAAUUAAUUGGAGCUACAUUGAAUUCAUCGAUAACCAAGACGUUUUGGACCUCAUUGAAAAGAAACCUGGUGGUAUAAUAGCUCUUCUUGAUGAAGCUUGUAUGUUCCCAAGAUCAACACAUGAAACAUUUGCCCAAAAGCUAUACCAGACAUUUAAAAGCCAUAAACGCUUCAGCAAGCCAAAGUUGUCUCGUUCUGACUUCACCAUUUGCCAUUAUGCUGGUGAUGUCACUUAUCAAACUGAACUGUUUCUGGACAAAAACAAAGAUUAUGUUAUUGCUGAACAUCAAGCUCUCUUAAGCGCUUCCAAAUGUUCCUUCGCAUCACGUUUGUUUCCACUUUCGUCUGAGGAGUCCUCCAAAUCAUCAAAGUUCUCUUCAAUAGGUUCACGAUUUAAACAACAAUUGCAAUCGUUGCUUGAAACUUUGAGUGCUACUGAGCCCCAUUAUAUUCGCUGUGUAAAGCCCAACAAUCUUCUUAAGCCAGCUAUCUUUGAGAAUAAUAAUGUUCUACAACAACUGCAGUGCGGGGGAGUCAUGGAGGCAAUUAGGAUAAGUUGUGCUGGAUAUCCGACAAGAAAACCUUUUUAUGAAUUUGUAGACCGAUUUUGCAUCCUUGCACCUGAAGUUCUGGAUGGGAGUACGGAUGAGGUCGCUGCUUGCAAGAGGCUCCUUGAGAAGGUGGGACUGCAAGGAUAUCAGAUUGGUAAAACAAAGGUAUUUCUAAGGGCUGGUCAGAUGGCAGAACUGGAUGCUCGCAGAACUGAGGUCUUAGGAAGAUCAGCUAGCAUUAUACAGAGGAAAAUUCGUUCUUACAUGGGUCGCAAAAGUUUUGUCGUGUUGCGUUUGUCAGCAAUAUGGAUUCAGUCAGCAUGCAGAGGACAACUUGCUCGGCAAGUUUAUGAAGGCAUGCGGAGAGAGGCUUCUUGUUUGAGAAUCCAAAGAGAUUUGCGGAUGCAUCUUGCUCGGAAAGCUUACAAAGAAUUGUGCCACUCUGCUGUUUCUAUUCAAGCAGGUAUGCGUGGGAUGGCUGCACGUAAUGAGCUUCGCUUCAGAAGGCAGACAAAGGCAACAAUUAUUAUUCAGAGCCACUGUCGCAAGUUCUUAGCCCACUUGCACUAUAUGAAGUUAAAGAAAGCAGCGAUCACCACACAAUGUGCAUGGAGGGGAAAAGUUGCCCGUAGAGAACUGCGGAAGCUUAAGAUGGCCGCAAGGGAAACUGGUGCUCUCCAAGCUGCCAAAAAUAAGUUAGAGAAGCAAGUUGAAGAACUGACAUGGCGAUUACAGCUGGAGAAACGCAUCAGAGUUGACUUGGAAGAAGCUAAGACACAAGAAAAUACAAAACUACAAUCUGCUUUGCAAGAGAUGCAAUUUCAAUUCAAAGAAACUAAAGCAAUGCUCAUGAAGGAACGCGAGGGUGCCCAAAAAGCAGCAGAGAAAGUCCCUGUCAUACAAGAGAUCCCAGUCAUUGACCAUGCAAUGCUGGAUAAACUUACUGUUGAAAAUGAAAAACUCAAGGCCUUGGUUAGUUCUCUAGAAAAGAAAAUUGAUGAAACUGAGAAAAAAUAUGAAGAGACAAACAAACUUAGUGAAGAGAGGUUGAAGCAGGCUCUGUAUGCAGAGUCAAAGAUAGUGCAGUUGAAGAUUACGAUGCAGAGGCUCGAGGAAAAGUUUUAUGACGUUGAAUCCGAGAACCAAGUUCUUCGGCGGCAAACCUUGUUAAAUACACCUGUUAAACAGAUGUCAGAACGUCCACCAUCUUCAGCUACUAAGAGUUCGGAAAAUGGUCUCCAUGUGAAUGAAGAGAAUAGAGACAAUGAACUGAAAAAUGCCACGCCUGUGAAGAAGUUUGGGACAGAAUCUGAUAGCAAGUUUAGAAGAUCCCUAAUUGAUCAUCAACAUGAGAAUGUUGACGCUCUUAUCAAUUGUGUUAUGAAUGAUGUUGGGUUCAGUCAAGGCAAGCCUGUUGCAGCAUUUACUAUUUACAAAUGUCUUCUCCAUUGGAAAUCUUUUGAGGCUGAAAGGACAAGUGUGUUUGAUCGUCUCAUUCAGAUAAUUGGUUCAGCAAUUGAGAAUCAAGAUAAUAAUGACCUUAUGGCUUAUUGGCUAUCAAAUACGUCUACGUUGUUGUUCUUGCUUCAACGAAGUUUAAAAACUGCUGGUGCGGCCGGUGCAACUCCACAUCGUAAACCACCUGCUCCAACAUCCCUGUUUGGGAGAAUGACCAUGGGAUUCCGCUCGUCCCCUUCUUCUGCAAACCUUGCUGUAGCUGCGCUCGAGGUGGUACGCAAAGUAGAAGCUAAAUACCCUGCUUUGCUUUUCAAGCAGCAGCUCACAGCAUAUGUUGAGAAAAUAUAUGGAAUCCUUCGAGACAACUUGAAGAAGGAGUUGUCAUCUCUGGUUACUUUGUGUAUCAAGGCUGCAAGAAAUCCCAAGGGAAGUGUGCUAAGAUCUGGGCGGUCUUUCGGCAAAGAGUCUCCAUCAAAUCACUGGCAGAGCAUCAUCGAGUGUCUCAACGCUCUUCUCUGUAAAUUGAAAGAAAAUUUUGUGCCUCCAAUUCUUGUUCAGAAGAUCUUCACUCAAGCUUUCUCAUACAUGAAUGUACAACUCUUUAAUAGUCUUCUUCUACGGUGUGAAUGCUGUACAUUCAGCAAUGGGGAAUAUGUGAAAGCUGGGUUAGCUGAGUUAGAGCUAUGGUGCUGCCAAGCAAAAGAAGAGUAUUCCGGCACAGCAUGGGAUGAACUUAAGCACAUAAGACAAGCUGUAGGAUUCUUGGUUAUACAUCAGAAGGAUAGAAUAUCUUAUGAUGAAAUUACCCACGAUCUGUGCCCUAUUCUCAGUGUCCAGCAGCUGUAUAGGAUAUGUUCAUUGUACAAGGAUGACAAAUAUAAUACUCCAAGUGUAUCUUCUGGUGUGAAGUCCAGCGUGACGGUGCUAAUGACAGAGGACUCCAACAGUGCUGUUAGCAGUGCCUAUUUAUUGGAAGACAAUUCCAGCAUUCCCUUCUCAGUUGAUGACCUUUCUGGUUCACUGCAAGAGAAGGAUUUCUCAGAUGUCCAACCUGCAGUCGAACUUCUCGAGAAUCCAGCCUUCCAAUUUUUACAUGACUGAGGCUAAUAAGGAAUCUCUAGCAAUCCUUUCUUGUGUUCUGCCAAGGUAGGCAGCCAAUUGAAAUAUCCCUUUCAAUACAUUUAAAUAUUGUAAAUCCGUUCCUUUUUUAUUUUAUAAUUUUUUGUUUCGGGUGAGGUGUUUCAUUAUAGGUCAAUUUCACUUCAUCCCAGCCCAAGCUGUAAAAUUAUUCUUUGCGUUUAAAUUUGUAAAAUGUUCCAUCGUACGAGGGGGGGCAGGGAUAUGUCUUUGUUUCGUCGAGUUCAUUCUUUUUCUUUGGUUCUGUUCUGUUCUCUUCUGUCAAGAUGGGCAGCAUUCUUUGUAGGGAGUCUAGUAGAGUAGGGUAUUGUUUGGUAAUUGGUGGUCAUAGUUUUGGUUUCUUUCCACCCAUUUUUUUCCCGGUAUGUAUCGAAAAUUAGAUCAUUCGAACCAAUCGCCGUUAAAUUAGAUGACAAUUUUUGGUGAUUGCUUUUGUAUAAACUUGUAAACAUCUCGAAUGGAAUUUAAUGAAAUAUUUUGGUUUUUUGUUUUUGUUA